UCCUAUGUAAUCAGCUAUUACUAGAUGAGUAGGCACCACUCUGGCUUCCUUUUCCAGAAAGCAGAUCACACAAACACUGUACGAUGUACACAUUGCUUGAUUUAUUGCUGAUUAUUUGAAACCAUGUGUUUGUUUAUUUAUCUUUAUAUGGUCACACUACUUGCUGGAAAACUGGAAGCAUUUUGCCCGUCACAAUGUACCUGUAUUUUCCACGGCAGAAGUGAUGGAACUGGAUCAAGGUCUGUUCUGUGUAAUGAUCCUGAUAUGUUUGACAUCCCCGUCAAUGUUCCUGUUGAUACUGUGAAGCUCCGCAUUGAAAAGACAGUAAUACGAAAAAUUCCCACAGAAGCCUUCUAUUACCUGGUGGAUUUAAAAUACCUUUGGGUUACCUACAAUAGCAUUUCCAGCAUUGACUCCAGCAGUUUUUACAAUCUGAAGCAACUACAUGAGUUACGCUUGGAUGGGAAUGCAAUAUCUGUGUUCCCAUGGGAAUCUUUAGCAGAGAUGCCAAGUCUACGGACCUUGGACCUUCAUAACAAUAAGAUAGCAAGUAUUCCAGCAGAAUCAGCCCGGUACCUGAGGAACAUUACCUAUUUGGAUCUGUCAAGCAACAAACUGACAACUCUCCCCUCAGACCUAUUGGAUAUAUGGCCUCCAUUCUCUGAUAAAUCCCUGAUAAGCUCUGAUUUAUUAACUCAGAGAGUUAUACUGGGGCUACAAGAUAAUCCAUGGUUCUGUGACUGUCGUAUUUCAAAGCUGAUUGAACUCUCAAAAACAACAGACCCACACAUAACUUUUCUUGACUCUUUCGUUGUCUGCAGUGGCCCUGACACUUUGGCAGGCUUUUUAUUCCAAAGAGUUGAGUUAGAACAGGAGAUGUGUCUCAAACCCUCAGUGAUGACUUCAGCCACGAAAAUUACAUCUCCACUGGGCAGUAAUGUGCUACUGCGAUGUGAUGCCUCAGGAAACCCCACUCCACAGUUACUUUGGAGCAGAACAAACAAUUCAGCAGCAAAUUAUACAGUUGUUCAGGAGACUCCAACAGAUGGUGUGAGAUGGUCCAUUCUAAGUAUGAAUGGUAUUUCAUACAAAGAUGCUGGAGAAUACCGAUGCAAGGCUAAAAAUUUUGCAGGAGUAGCAGAAGCGUCAAUAACGGUCAUAGUAGUUGGUGUUGUCACAACAACAGCUUCCUCCCAUCGCUUUGACCGGCGUCUGGGGGCAGAGCAAAUGAGUAACAUGCAAACAGAAGCCAAGGAAGAAUUGAGUAAAAUAAGUACAACAUGGGUUCCCCUACAGCUAUCAACAGUGCCUAUGCUACAAACAGAUACACCACUAACAGCAACAGUUUCUCCAACAAGUAUAGUGCUCACCACCCCUAAAGUUCCAAAGAUAAAAUUGCCAAAGCCAGCCCCUGCUACAAAGAAAAACCCUAAGAUGUCCACCCAGCAGGCUGCAAACAAACCUACUUCAGAACAAAAUGCAGUGGUGGGAAAUCUAAAAGUAAUCAGCGAAUCUGAAGACCGGGUGACUUUGACUUGGAAGACUUUUAAUACCACAAAUAGCGCCAGCUUGGCUGUGUUGUACUCAAAAUAUGGCGAGGAAGAAAUGCUCAAGUUGAGCACAGAUCCUAGUAAAAAUAAAGUAACAAUUGACGGUUUGGAGCCCAACACAAGAUAUAUGGCCUGUGUGUGCCCCAAAGCAUCACAGCCCAAGAAGGACCAGUGUAUUGUAUUUUCUACAGAUUCCUUUCUGCCCAUUGAGAGCAGCUCUCAAGUGUCUGUUCUGGUGAUUGCUAGUAGUGUGGGUUGUGUUAUUGUUUUACCUGUCAUUUUUUUCUUAAUUUACAAAGUUUUGAAACUGCAAAGGAAACCAAAGUUACCAGGGGAGGAGGACCUUUUAAAGGAAACUUAUGUGAAAUUUGAAACUUUGUCAUUAAGACCACGAGCAAUAAAUACAACAGGAGAGCUAUGGACACGAAGGGACACAACAGAAUCAGAAAGACUUCUUCUGAGUUCCAGAUCAAGCAUGGACUCUCAGACUACAUGGAAAAGUGAAGGUUCUAGGCCAGAAUAUUACUGCUAAUUUUUUUUUUUUUUAUAUGCGAUUAUGUGAAAAUGCUUACUUCUUUGUUUGACCAGUGUGUAAUUGUCAAGAGUGCAUCACUUUCAAAAGAAUCGGUGAAAGGAGAAUCAAUUCACACGUGUUGCUUUCUGUUUAUCAGUUGUGCACAUUCUAAAUAUUUAUUUUUGUGUUAUUCAAUAAAAAGGAAUAAAAAUAAUUGAAAUG